AUUCCGGUAGGAUUACACCAUGACGUGACGCGAACCAUGAAUAACCACAAACUUUUCUACGGCAGGGCCCGGACCGUGUUCGGGUGCCGGGUGAAGCGGGUGUGGUUCCAGCUCAAUCCGUUCCUCGAACGAACCAAAGUCAAGGACGACGAACAUGGCGUCUAUCAACCAAGUAGCAAGUUUGUCCUCCCCCUGCAGUCCAUUGUCCUCUGUGAGGACAUGAACUCAGAUGCUGAUCCAGGAUGGCAGGAAAUCUCCGCAGCCUCGUUCUGGGACUACCUGUACUCCAACUCGUGGGGUGAGGAGUGUUCGCUGAGGGUGAUGGAUGGUGAGCUGCUGGAACUGUUGCUGACCACGCUGUUCGCCAUGGAUCGGGACCAGGAGGUGGCCAGCCACAACACCUUCGCCUAUACCACCAACACACGUGUCAACCAUGCCUACUUCAAGUCUGCAGAAGCAAAGAAGAAAGAGCAUUUCAUAAAUGAGACCCUACUGAUAGAUUUCACCUACUACGGUAGACGCACACGCCCAAUGGAGAUGGACUUUUCUGGCAGUACCGUCUACCCAUUCAGUCUGACAUCUUCUCGGGGACUAUCCUCUUCAGACUACACCUCCACAAGCUUAGAGAGCUCAGAAGGAACGCCAUAUAAGUCUCCCGAACGACCUCCGAUUCCUGUUCAAAACACUUUGGAAAGUUCUGAAACCAGCCCUCUUCUGUUUUCUGUACGUCAGCCUAAGUCUGUGAAAGUCGAUACAGUGAAUAUUAAGCUCGUUGAUAGUGGUCUUCUUGGAAUCAAAGGACCAGUAAGAGCUAUUCCUGUUACUGCUUUGGUCAAUACGUCACCCUUUGAUAGCAGCGGAUCUACCAUGAUAAAGUCAUUCAUAAAAGAAAGUUCGCUUCUGUUAGCAAAGAAAAAGACAAGUCAUCAUCAAGCGAAAGGUGGAACAUCUGAUCAAGACCGUAACUCUCCCAUACUUGGUAAUCAGCGUGCCAGGAGACAGUCAAAGAUGCCCACUGUGUUUGAAACAAGGAACCGGCGUCAACAAACACCAACAGUCGAGUCGCCAACAGCAGCACCUGGAUCUCAACGCUCAGAAUCCACAACGGAUAACACAGAAAGUUCCGAAACCGGACUCCGCCUCUUGGAAUUCAACCUGGCUAAGCUUCCAUGCUCAGAAAGGACAAAGGCAGGCCUUGAAAACUGGAAGUUGGAUAAGUAUGCUUAUAUCAGAAGUCCCCCAGGGAAUGAAUACUUUCUCCAAGACAAUGAUACAGCUAAUGAAAACAUCUCAGCCAGGGAGAAGCUUCUUAAGAACAGGAACAGGAUGAAUGCGAGAAGGGAGGAAGAACGUAAGGAGGAGCAGGCGAGGAUGAAGUUCUUCGAGAAGAAGUCUCCAAAACCACUGAAGUAUGAGGAGGAAGUCAAACCAGAAAAGCCUCUUCUACGAUGUUUCAGUCAUGCGCCAUCGUUUUGUACAUUUCUCCAGUGGUUGGAAGGCGACAAUAAGUUUGAUCCGAGAUUCAAGAAGGGGAAACAGAGGAAAAAGAAACUGAUGAAGAAAUACAAGUUAAAAUCGAGUGAAAUUCAGCUGGACGCCAGCACUAAAUCGUCUCGAUCAAGUGUUUCUCGAUCAAGUGUUUCCCGAUCAAUAGGCGGUACUGGAUCACCAACUAUGGAUGAUAUCCAUGGCAUUACGAAGCCGGUUGUGAAUCGUAGAAAUGGGGCAGAUUUCAUUCGCUUUGCUGAGGAAGCAGGAGGUGUGACGGACAGUCCAGCUGUCAAAAACACUCUCCUGGCUAGAGAGUGUAUUGACACACAUGAAGCAGAGGAGGAGGUGUUCCCUUUAGGGGGACAUAUAUCACGACCACCUCGACAAAAGAGAAUGUCGUUCAGUGCAGAACCAAAUAACGGCCCAUCCGAAGGAAACAGUGACUUCCAUGCGAGGCAGUCAGAUAAGAGACGAAAGUCAUUAGAUGUCAAAGAUGGCCCUAGAAGCUCGUCUCGUUCAUCACUAGCAAGCCCUGGCCAGAAAUCUAACUCCCUUUCUAGUAAGGAGUCGUCUUCUCGGAUAAAAUCAUCUACCUCCUCACAGAAACUUUCCAGAGCUAGUUCGGGAUCAAAAUCAGGAGGAUCUCUCUUCAAGAAGAAUGAUCUAAGGUCACCUGGGAGAGACACAGACCUGGAGACAGAAUCUGCGGAUACAGAAUCAGAUGAGGAAUCGGAACUGGAAGACUCGUUGUUCGAUACGAACAAACUCAAUAAGCGGUACAGCUUUGAGAAACUGAGAGGCAAAAACUACCACAAGAAGAAACCUGCAUUUUUCGACAUCUUGAAGAAGUACUACCGUGUCCAGAAAGCCAUGAAUAUGCUCAGGGGGCCAUCCAAGAUGUCUUCUGUAAUUAGCAACGCUAGUAAGACUACGACAGCUAAAGCCAAGCCUAGCAGAAACAAACCCGUUGCAGGACUCCUUCGUCGACUCACGAGACCAGUCAAGCCAAAGAGGGACAUUGUCUUGGGGAAAAUAAAAACAUUUAAAUUCCAGCAAUUCAAUAACCAUCAACUCAAGAUACCAGAUGUAGAAGUUCCAGAUUUUUCCGAGUAUCCUAUGAAUGACUUCGUCGCUAACCUUGUCAAGGCCCUGGAUGACUUUGUGGUCCGCAAAGAGAAUGUUAUUUCCAGCUACGGCAUGGAGACAAUCACCACAGUCACAUUUACUCGACCUCAAGUCUUCACGAAAAUGCUGCAUAUUGGAUAAACUGUUCCAAGACCUUAACGUCUCUAUGUUGAACACAUCAGUCUGAUGAUGUCGCUUUCCCUUCAAUAUUAUCCAACAGGUUGGCUCAUUUCUGAUUUAAUUGUGAUGUUUAUAGUCUGAUUUGCUUCUUUUUGUAAUAUAUUUGUGGUCUAUAUCUGACUACGUCAGUCACUAACGCUCUCAAUGACCUCAUGCAGUUAAUGACGACAUGGUUCAUUAUGAUUUCAAAUGGUGUUUCGAGUGUUUUGCAAUGUAAUCUUCUUUGGUCAGCUGUUCUGGAAAUUUGAUUGGUCAAAAACUGUAUUUAAUGUCGUUAUGAAUAUGGCCGUACCACUUAUGUGUGCAUAUAUAGGCAUCAAUUUAACCCCCAUCACUACCCAAAGUAGGUAAUAAAUCUACUGUUUAAACAGAA